AUGUCUAAAGGUAAGGAAAUCAUGACUUCUGCCUCUAACCCUAAGGGUAAGGGCAAAGAGGUUGCUCCCCCGACCGCCAACGGCAACCCAGAGUCUUCUCAGGGUGUUGCCUCUGCGUCUGAGACCUCUCAGCAUCGCCCCUUCACCUUCAAGCUCACUCCACCUAGCCCAACAUUUGCCUUUGACUUCGCGGCCACUCCCAAAGGUAUUCUGAAGUCUCCCGGGGAUGCUCCCUCUUCAUCCGAUAGCUCUCGCCAUCCCACCUUCUCGUUCGGGGCUAACACUUCCGUCACCAUUCCAGCCAACAACCGCGGUCGUCGUCCUGUUCGCGGUAUGGCCAAGAAAAAGAAUCGUCUCUACUUCGAUUCCCGUUUCGAUAAGAGUUGGGUGGUCGUCAACGAGCCGCGAAUCGAGUACGGUGUCUACAUCACUCACGACGACACUUGGGAUGACGGGGUGAUUGUCUACCCUGAUGAGGAGACUUGUCCUCACGGUGAUGAAGAGAUCAUCAGCCAACUCGAAUUGAUGAAUUUGUCCUCCAACGAUCGCGCCAACCUCAUUCUCACUGAGCCCUUUGAGCAUACGUGCAUUCGCCUUCGACGCCAUCAGGUAGGUGGCUCCGACAAUGACUCUAGGUAA